GCCAGAUACACACGCGGGGCGCGCAUUCGUAAAGUUUCUCGAGCGAUGGAUUACUACUACAGUCUCGUUUCACCGCCCUGCCAGAGCCCGCUGCUGGUGGCGAAGAAGCUUGGAAUCACGCUGAAUCUCAAGAAAACGAACAUCCACGAUCCGGUUCAAAAAGAGGCACUUACCAAGCUAAAUCCCCAACACACCAUCCCAACGCUGGUGGACAACGGGCACGUUUUGUGGGAAUCGUACGCGAUCGCGACAUAUUUGGUAGAGGCCUAUGCGAAGGAUGACACACUCUAUCCCAAGGAUCCGAAAGUGCGUUCCAUCGUAAACCAGCGGCUCUUCUUCGACAUUGGCACGCUGUACAAGCAGCUCAUCGAAAUCAUCCACCGGGUGUUCAAGAAGGAACAACCCACCGACGAGCAGAUGGAAAAGCUGAAGAAAGCCAUCGAACUGUUGGAACAUUUCGUUACCGAGCGAUCGUACGUCGCAGCGGAUCACCUGACGGUGGCGGACAUCUGCUUGCUGGGCACGGUAACCGCACUCAACUGGCUGAAGCACGAUAUGGAACCUUUCCCCCACAUCAGGGCAUGGAUUGCACGGGUGACUGCCGAAAUCCCUGGCUAUGCCGACUUCCGGAAGGAGGCUGAGCAAGCCAUCCAAGAGUACGUCGCCAAUCGGAAGUGAGACGACUGGCGUGCGGGAUUUUUGGUCUAGUUGAGGGUUUGUGUAGUUGGCAGCAUGUGAUGCAACGUACGAUCAAUGUGCAGCUUUGUAAACAUGGAAAUACUUUUCAGAGGCUUUGUGUCGCUUUGGAAUGAGUGUGAGGCUUUGGAAUCGUCGGAUCCGUACGAAUUUAAUACAUCAUUGUGAGCCUGCCAAUUCUUAUCUAAACGGGUUGAUUAUCAGUGAGCAUACAUGUUGUAGUCAAUUAGUCGCGCACCACACGCAGCACGUUGGAGAAUGCACCACAUUGAAUCUGAUCGCACACUCUUUUCGGAUAUUUAUCAACAGUAAUUAAUACAUUUUGGUUGGUUACUGAUCAAUAUACACGCAAUCAGAUUAGGAUUUUCAAUCGUUUAGCAGCAGCAGAGUUGAGCAAAGAAAAAUGCAAUGCAAUAAAAAUGCAAGGUUGUUCCAUGCAGCA